GAGGAAAGAAUGAUCCAAAGACAUUGCCACUCAGUUUGACGCAAAAUACACCAAAUUCUCUCUAUCUGCAAACAAAUUGAAUACAAAGACUCAUUCUUUGUUUGAAAUUCUCAGAUCUCGAAAAAUGGAUUUUCUGCAGAAUCAGAAGGUAGAGGUGAUAACCAUGGCAGUAGCUCUUGUUGCCAUUCUUGGUGGUACCGCUUACUAUUACUAUCUCACCAAGAAACCCAAAGGGUGCUUGGAUCCUGAGAAUUUCAAGGAAUUUAAGCUUGUCAAACGCACUCAACUCAGUCAUAAUGUUGCGACAUUCAGAUUUUGUCUUCCUAAUCGUAGCUCAGUGUUGGGGCUUCCUAUUGGACAACAUAUCAGCUGCAGAGGAAAAGACAGUCUUGGUGAAGAAGUAAUCAAACCAUAUACACCAACAACAUUGGAUACUGAUGUUGGAUACUUUGAAUUGGUCGUUAAGAUGUAUCCACAAGGAAGAAUGUCUCAUCACUUCAGUGAGAUGCGUGAAGGCGAUUACUUAGCUGUGAAAGGACCAAAGGGACGUUUCAAGUACCAACCCAACCAAGUAAAAGCUUUUGGAAUGGUUGCUGGUGGCACCGGCAUCACCCCAAUGUUUCAGGUUGCAAGAGCUAUACUAGAAAAUCCACAGGACAAAACCAACGUAAAUUUGAUAUAUGCCAAUGUCACAUAUGAUGACAUUCUUCUAAAGGAAGAGCUCGAUGACUUGGCAAUUAAAUUCCCAAAUCGAUUUAAAGUUUAUUAUGUUCUAAAUCAGCCACCAGAAAUAUGGGAUGGCGGAGUCGGAUUCGUUUCCAAGGAAAUGAUUGAAACACAAUUCCCUGCACCAGCAGCGGAUAUUAAGAUAUUAAGGUGUGGACCACCUCCCAUGAACAAGGCUAUGGCUGCUCACCUUGAAGACCUUGGAUACAGUCCCCAAAUGCAGUUUCAGUUUUAGUUCAUGGAUAAAGCUAUAUUCUGACAUACAUUUUUAGUCCAAAUUCAGACAUUUUUUUGACAGAAUAAACGUCAAUUCUAUAAUCCAGUAGAAAUUUUACACUUACACGUUCAGGUCAGAAAGUUUUGUUGGCUGUGCUGUAUGUAACAGUGGAGGAUAUUGCUCUAUUUCACACUUAAUAAUAAUAAGAUGGGACUUUUUUUAUUA